GUGACUACUCCAGGACCGGACGUGGCGUUUAGACUUCCCAUGCCAAGUUAAAUGGCAGCCUACACAUUUGCCACGCUUGCCUUGUAAACUGUCGUUUUUAUUUAUUUUUCUCUUAACAUUCACGCAAAACCAUCUGAAACCAUGUCGGGGAGACACAACAACAAACUGCCAAACAAUCUGCCACAACUGCAGAAUCUUAUAAAAAGAGAUCCGCAGUCAUACGUAGAGGAGUUUCAGCAGCAGUACCGACACUACCAGUCCAAUGUGCAGAUCUUCAAGCUGCAGCCUGACAAGCCGAACAAGGAGCUGGCAGACCUGACCAUGUUCCUCGCCCAGGUUUCUCACUGCUACCUGCAGUACCUGUCCACCUUUCCACAAGAGCUGUCUGCAUUAUUAAUAAGUCACCACACAGUCCUCGAUCCAGACCUAAGAAUGACCUUCUGCAAAUCGCUGAUUCUUCUGAGGAAUAAAGAUCUGAUCGACCCCACGAGCCUCCUGGAGCUCUUCUUUGAGCUGCUGCGAUGUCACGACAAGCUUCUCAGAAAGACACUGUACACACACAUUGUAGCAGAUAUCAAAAACAUCAAUGCAAAGCACAAAAACAACAAGGUUAACACCACGUUACAGAACUUCAUGUACACCAUGCUGAGAGACAGUAAUCCUCUAGCAGCAAAGAUCUCUUUAGAUGUGAUGGUGGAGCUGUACAAAAGGAACAUCUGGAAUGAUACCAAAACAGUUAAUGUCAUUACAACAGCGUGCUUCUCCAAGGUCACAAAGAUUGUCGUUGCUGGUCUUAAAUUCUUUCUGGGAAAAGAUGUGGAUGAGAAAAAUGAUAGUGAUUCAGACUCCGAGGCGGAGGGACCAUCAGUCCGAGACCUGAAGGUGAGAUACGCCACGAACAAGAAAACUUCCAAAAACAAGAAGAAGCUGGAAAAGGCGAUGAAAGUCCUCAAGAAACACAAGAAAAAGAAGAAGGUAGAAGUCUUCAACUUCUCUGCUAUUCACCUAAUUCAUGAUCCUCAAGACUUCUCAGAGAAACUUUUGAAGCAGUUGGAAGACUCUAAAGAGCGCUUUGAGGUGAAGAUCAUGAUGAUGGAGUUCAUAUCCAGGCUGGUUGGGAUCCACGAGCUCUUCCUCUUCAAUUUCUAUCCCUUUGUGCAGAGGUUUCUACAGCCUCAUCAGAGAGAGGUGACAAAGAUCCUCCUGUGUGCUGCGCAGGCGUCUCAUCAACUCGUCCCACCAGAGGUCAUUGAACCUGUUAUCAUGACCAUCGCCAACAACUUUGUGACGGACAGAAACUCUGGGGAGGUUAUGACUGUGGGGAUCAAUGCCAUCAAGGAAGUGGCAGCCCGCUGUCCGCUCGCCAUCAAUGAAGACUUGCUGCAGGACUUGACCCAGUACAAGAUGCACAAAGACAAGAACGUCAUGAUGUCCGCCAAAGGACUGAUCCAGCUGUUCAGGAGUCUCAAUCCACAUAUGCUGCACAAGAAGGACAGGGGGAGACCCACAGAGGCGUCCGCAGAGGCCAAGAUCAAAAACUAUGGAGAGCUUGAGGCUAAAGAUCACAUCCCUGGAGCUGAAGUCCUGGAGGUGGAGGCGGGUCAAAAAGAGGGAGAGGAAGAGGAAGAUGGCUGGGAGAGCGCCAGUAUCAGUGAUGAUGGGGAAGAUGGGGAGUGGGUGGACGUUCACCACUCGGCUGAUGAAGAGGCAGGAGAAGUGGCGGAGAAGCUUCAGAAUAUGCCAAUCGAGGAAAGAAAAGCCAAAGCGGCGGCGGUCAGCGGCAGCAGGCUCCUCACUCAAGAUGAAUUCAAGAAGAUCCGUCUGGUCCAGCUGGCCAAGGAGAUCGACGCUGCACCAGGGAAGGGCCAGAAGAGGAAAUCUGUGCAGCUGGAAGAUGAGGAAGACAACAGCAGAGGGGAGGUGCUGACCUUGAGGCAUAUCGAGAAGCUGCAUAAGAAGCCGAAAGAAGACAAGGAAACGCGCCUGGCAACAGCAAUGGCGGGACGGCCAGACCGGAAGGACUUUUUCAAAAAGCAUACCAAGCUGAACCCUCACGCCAGCACCAGCAACAGAGAGAAGAGGAAGACGAAGAACUUCAUGAUGAUGAGACACAGUCAGUCUGUCAGAACCAAAGGAAAACGCUCCUUCAGAGAGAAACAGAUUGCUCUACGGGAUGCACUUGUGAAAAGGAAGAAGCAGUACAAGUAGGACACGUGGACAUGAUGUUGUAUUUGCUUCACGCCGGCCGUCACAGACGAUGUCUAGUGAUAUUUUACAUCCUUCAAGUAGCCGGGAACACAUGGUCGGUUUAUCAAUGUAUUAUUUCCAGCUGAUGAACUAUAUACAUUUACACUUUUCUGAAAUAAAUAGUCUUUGAUAAAUAUUGUG